AUGGAGAGAGCACAGAGUGAACAGAACUGGGAACCGGAGAUGGAACAGUCUGGUGCUCUGUAUGAUGAGGCUGGUGAUGACCUCUUAUCGUCUCCCUCUUGGCAUACCUUUCCAUCGCGCAAGGUGCAGGUGAACGUAAGGAUGCAGGGUGAGGAGGAGUAUGAGAAGGAGGGGUCGGAUGGUGAUGACUCCAGCCCGGACCCGAAGGCUGAUGGCCAACAAUUUGAGUUGAAGAGCCGGGAAGAUAUAGAGAGGGGACUUGGGCCUAUCUUACCAAGGAGGGCCAUGUGA